AUGCCUGAGAUGCUCGUGUCUUGUAAGGUGGAAGAGGGCCCAGAGGGUCCGUGCACGGAGAGCACCGUGCCUGUGGCAGGGCAGGAAGUCGGGCGGCCACCCGGCCAGCGGUCUGGGUCUGUCCUCCGGCCGCAGAGCCGUGCAAGCCCCCGGGACGCCCCCAGCGACGGCAGUGAGCGCUGCUUUGUGGUGGCGCUGACGGGUCCGCAGGGCAGCUUCAUUGUGGUGGAGCCUCUGCACCCCAGUGGUCCCAGCAGGCUGCCACCUGCCCCUGGUAGCUCCCAGGCACAAACUGCCCUUCCUGUGCCCACCUGUCCCCUGGGAGUGAGGGAACUGGCACAGUACCGGCAGGUAGUGGGCGAGGGCUGCCAGGGUGGUGCCCACCCCAGCCCUGCCUGGGUGACCGAUGUGUGGGGCAGAGCCUUCUCUACAGCCCAGCUCAGAAGCCACCGCCUCUGGGAAGCCUUCCGAGACUUGCCUGGGCAGAGGUGGGCAGUGCUGGCUGACUGUGCUGCACGGACGCCCGUCCUUUUGUGCCGUGUCUCCCUCGGCCUUUUCCACCAGCGGAGAGGUCUCAGCGCACGCAAGGAAGUUCUCCAGCAGCUGAUCGUAAUGAAUUUGCCCAAUGUCUUGAUGAUUGGCAAAGACCCGCUGUCUGGGAAGAGUAUGGAGGAGAUUAAGAAGGUGCUGCUGCUGGUGCUGGGCUGUGCUGUCCAGUGUGAGAGGAAAGAGGAAUUUAUCGAAAGAAUCAAACAGCUGGACAUUGAGACCCAGGCGGGGAUCGUGGCACACAUCCAGGAGGUGACCCACAACCAGGAGAACGUGUUCGACCUGCAGUGGUUGGAGCUCCCGGACGUGGCCCCGGAGGAGCUGGAGGCCCUAUCCCGGAACAUGGUCUUUCACCUGAGGCGGCUCAUCGACGAGCGAGACGAGUGCACGGAGCUGAUCGUGGACCUCACCCAGGAGCGGGACUACCUCCAGGCGCAGCAGCCGCCCAGCCCCCUCAAGUCCUCCAGCGCCGAGUCCACCCCCAGCCCCACCAGCAGCCUUUCCAGCGAGGACAAGCAGCACCUGGCCGUGGAGCUGGCGGACACCAAGGCCAGGCUGCGCCGCGUCAGGCAGGAGCUGGAGGAGAAGACAGAGCAGCUUGUGGACACCAGGCAUGAGGUGGAUCAGCUGGUGCUGGAGCUGCAGAAAGUCAAGCAGGAGAACAUCCAGCUGGCAGCUGACGCGCGGUCUGCUCGCGCCUAUCGCGAUGAGCUGGAUUCCCUGAGGGAGAAGGCGAACCGCGUGGAGAGGCUGGAGAUGGAGCUGGUGCGCUGCCGGGAGAAGCUGCACGACGUGGACUUCUACAAGGCCCGCAUGGAGGAGCUGAGAGAAGAUAACAUCAUAUUAAUUGAAACCAAGGCCAUGUUGGAGGAACAGCUGACUGCCGCUCGGGCCCGGGGCGAUAAAGUUCACGAACUGGAGAAGGAGAACCUGCAGCUGAAAUCGAAGCUUCACGACCUGGAACUGGACCGGGACGCGGACAAGAAGCGGAUUGAGGAGCUGCUGGAGGAAAACAUGGUUCUCGAGAUUGCACAGAAGCAGAGCAUGAACGAAUCGGCCCACCUCGGCUGGGAGCUGGAGCAGCUGUCCAAGAACGCAGACCUGUCCGACGCCUCCAGGAAGUCCUUUGUGUUUGAGCUGAACGAGUGCGCCUCCAGCCGCAUCCUGAAGCUGGAGAAGGAGAACCAGAGCCUGCAGAGCACCGUCCAGGGGCUGCGGGACACCUCCCUGGCGCUGGAGGAGAGCAGCCUCAAGUGCGGGGAGCUGGAGAAGGAGAACCAGCAGCUCAGCAAGAAGAUCGAAAAGUUACAGACCCAGCUGGAGAGAGAGAAGCAGAGUAACCAGGAUUUGGAGACCCUGAGUGAGGAGCUGAUCAAAGAGAAAGAACAGCUGCAGAGCGACAUGGAGGCCCUGAAGGCUGACAGAGCCCGGCAGAUCAGAGACCUCGAGCAAGAGAAGGACCAUCUCAACCAGGCGGUGUGGACGCUGCGGGAGAGGUCACAGGUCAGCGGGGAGGCCCGCGUGAAGGAUGUGGAGCAGGAGAACAGGGCCCUGCAGCAGAAGGUGGCGGAGGCCGGCGGCCGGCUGAACCGCCUGGAGCUGGAGCAGCAGCAGCUGCAGCGGGCCUUGGGGCAGGCGCAGGAGAAGGCCGGGCGGGCCGAGGAGCUGGAGCAGGAGCUGCGGCGGCUGGAGGAGGAGAAGGGGCAGCUGGCGCAGAGGGUGAGCUCCCUGCAGGCGGCGGGUGAGCGGGCGGACGGCCUGGAGCGAGAGAGCCACGGCCUGGCGCUGGAGAACCGGCAGCUGCGCAAGUCGCUGGACGCCCUGCAGAACGUGUCGGUGCAGCUGGCGGGCCUGGAGCAGGACAACAGGCAGCUGGACGAGGAGAACCUGGAGCUGCGCCGGAUGGUGGAGGCCAUGCGCUUCACCAGCGCCAAGAUGGCCCAGAUGGAGCGCGAGAACCAGGAGCUGGAGCGCGAAAAGCAGGAGCUGCGGAAGAGCGUGGAGCUGCUGAAAGCGCUGGGCAAGAAAUCGGAGCGCCUGGAGCUCAGCUACCAGAGCCUGAGCGCCGAGAACCUGCGGCUGCAGCAGAGCCUGGACAGCGGCGGCCAGAAGGCACAGGCCCUGGAGCGGGAGCUGGGCCAGCUGGAGGCCGAGAACCAGGCGCUGCAGCGGGACCUGGAGGCCCUCCGGCUGGCCAACCGGCAGCUCGAGCGCUCGGACAAGGAGCGGAAGGCGCUGGAGCAGGAGGUGGCCCAGCUGGAGAAGGACAAGAAGCUGCUGGAGAAGGAGGCCAGGCGGCUCUGGCAGCAGGUGGAGCUCAAGGACGCCGUCCUGGACGACAGCUCGGCCAAGCUGUCGGCCGCCGAGAAGGAGAGCCGCGCGCUGGACAAGGAGCUGGCCCGCUGCCGGGACGCGGCCGGCAGGCUGAAGGAGCUGGAGAAGGACAACAGGGACCUCACCAAGCAGGUCACCAUGCACACGAGGACGCUGACCACGCUGAGGGAGGACCUGGUGCAGGAGAAGCUGAAGAGCCAGCAGCUGAGCAGUGAGCUGGACAAACUGAGCCAGGAACUGGAGAAGGUCGGCCUCCACAAGGAGCUGCUGCUGCAGGACAAUGACGGCAGUGGCGACACGAGAUACAAGAUUUUGGAGAGCAUAAAUGAAUCAGCAGUAAAAACAACACUAGCCAUGAAAGAAGAAAAGAUUGUGCUCUUAGAAGCGCAGGUGGAAGAGAAAGCCAGCCUGAAUCAUCAGCUCCAGAAUGAGCUCCAGGUGCUGAAGAAGGAGUGUGAGGUCCUCCGGCAGAGCCAGGAAGAGGGGAAGCCCGCACCCAACUCUUUCAAACACCCCGAGGGUCACCCGGAGAAGGAGCCAUGGGGGUCCGGCCACAAGGAGGCCACCAUGGAGCUGCUCCGCGUGAAGGACCGGGCCAUCGAGCUGGAGCGCACCAACGCGGCUCUGCAGGCGGAGAGGCAGCUGCUCAAGGAACAGCUGCAGCACCUGGAGACCCAGAACACGGCCUUCAGCAGCCAGAUCCUGACGCUGCAGAAGCAGAGCGCUUUCCUGCAGGAGCACAACACCUCACUGCAGACGCAGACGGCCCAGCUGCAGGUGGAGAAUUCCACUCUGAGCUCCCAGAGCGCCUCGCUCACCGCACAGUACGCGCUGCUCCAGAACCAGCAGACGGCCAAGGAGAGUGAGAACGAAAACCUGCAGAAGCAGCAGGAGCAGCUGACAGCCGCCUACCAGGCGCUGCUGCAGGACCACGAGCACCUGGGCGCCCUCCACGAGAGGCAGUCCUCAGAGUACGAGGCCCUCAUCCGUCAGCACAGCUGCCUGAAGACGCUGCAUCGCAACCUGGAGCUGGAGCACAAGGAUCUGGGGGAGAGGCACAGUGACCUGCUGAAACAUAAGGCGGAGCUGGACGAGCUGGAGAAGGUUUUGAAGGCCGAGCGAGAGGCUCUGCAGCAGGAGCAGAGGGCGAGCGCCGUGGCCACGAGCGAGAACCAGAGGCUGCAGGAGGAGCUGGACAGGGUGAAUUUCCUGCACCAUCAACUGAAGGGGGAGUACGAGGAGCUGCACAGCCACACCAAGGAGCUGAAAACCUCACUCAACAACUCUCAGCUUGAACUAAACCGCUGGCAGGCCCGGUUCGACGAGCUGAAGGAGCAGAACCAGAGCAUGGACAUCUCGCUGACCAAGCUGGACAACCACUGCGAGCUGCUCUCUCGCCUCAAGGGGAACUUGGAGGAAGAAAACCACCACCUCCUGAGUCAGAUCCAGCUGCUGAGCCAGCAGAACCAGAUGCUCCUAGAGCAGAACUUGGAGAACAAGGAGCAGUACCACGAGGAGCAGAAGCAAUACAUAGACAAGUUAAAUGCCUUACGGAGACAUAAGGAAAAACUGGAAGAAAAAAUCAUGGAUCAGUACAAGUUCUAUGAUCCUGCUCCAAAGAAGAAAAACCACUGGAUUGGAGCCAAAGCCUUAGUCAAACUCAUCAAACCAAAGAAGGAGGGUUCCAGAGACCGAGUGAAGUCAACCACAGACAGCCCGCCCCCGCAGCUGGAGUCCCCGGACCCCACCUCGACACCCGCUUCUCAGCCUCUCAGAUCUCAGCCCGAGAAUCCCGAGUCCACCCCGUCGGGCUCCAGCUGUGCAGAUGAGCAUGAUGCCCACAAUGGGCCCCUGGGAAAAGGCCCUGGGGACCUAAAGCCAAAGCGAGGGUCCCCGCACAGAGGCAGCCUUGACCGCAAGGACGCCUCUGCCGACCCAGCCGUGAAGCUCUGGCCCGUGGAGCUGGGCCCCCGGCCCUGUUCGACCUCAGCCAUCAACACAACCCCUUCCAGCUCCACCCCCAUCUCCCGGCACCCAGGCCGCACCAAAGGCUAUAAUUCCGACGACAGCCUCUGCGAGCCGUCCCUGGAGCUCGAGUUCGCUCACCAUAGGCAGUACGUGUCCAGGCCAGGGAGCUUGGAGAGCAGUAGAAAUGCAUCCAGCGACAGCUCACCUCUUAACCUGAAAGGUUCCUCCGACCAGCUCCACCGCAGGUCCGAGAGCUUCAGCAGUGAAGACCUGAUCCCCAGCAGGGACACGGUCCCUGCCAGCACCCCGGGGCGCCCCGCCCUUGGCCGCCAUGAGUACCCCCCACCCCGGAACGGGCCUCUCCCCCAGGAGGGUGUCCAGAAGAGGGGUGCUGCCCUGCCCCACGGCGGGGUGCGGCCCUGCUCCGCCUCCCCAAGUAGCGAGAUGGUCACCCUGGAGGAGUUCCUGGAGGAGAGCAACCGGGGCUCCCCAUCCCCCGAUGCUCCCAGUUGCCGGGAUGACCUGCUGAGCGACUACUUCAGAAAGGCCGGUGAGCUCUCGGGCAUCGGCGGCCAGCCAGGCCCACCUGCCAGGAAAGAAGGGGCCAGAAUGCCCACCAGCCUUGUGGCCCCCACCGUUAAGGUGGCCGUCGCCACCUCUGAGGGGAAGCUGCUGAAGCCCGGGCAGUACGUGAAGCCAAACUUCAGACCUGCUGAGGCCGAGGCCCCGCCCAGUGCCCCCCAGAGGCCAGUGCAGCCCCCCCAGAGCCUGUCCCUGGGCAGGCCCCGGCAGGCCACCAUGCCCCCCGCUGCCCACGCCCCUGCCAGCCGGAGCGCAUCCCUGAGCCGGGCCUUCAGCCUGGCCUCCGCCGACCUCCUCCGGGCCAGCGGGCCGGAGGCCUGCAAACAGGAGCCAGGGGGCCCCGACUCCUCGGGGGGCAGAGAGACAGGUGGCCACGGCUUGCAGAGCCCCGGCUCCCACAGCCUGGCCCGGGAGCGGACCCCACUUGUGGGAAAGGCUGGUGGCUCCUGCCAGGGCCCCAGCCCCCGGAGCCGGCCACUGGACGUGAGGCGCUUCUCCCUGGCCCCCCCGAAGGAAGAGAGGCUGGCUCCCCUGCAGCAGUCGGCCACGGCCCCAGCCCUUGCGGCUGGAAGCGGCAGCAGCAGCUCCCAGCUCCAGCACUUCCCACCUGCUGCGGCCCUGGCCGCCAGGACUAAGCCCCCAGCACCUUCCCACCUGGGGGAGGCAGCCGCCAUCGUCCCUGUCCGGACGGGGCUCAGCCCCUCGGAGGGGGACGGGGCCCCGGGGCAGGGCCCCAGCGAGGGCCUCCCCGCCAAGGGCUCAAGCAGGCCUCCCGACCUGGCCCCCCACGGCAGCCGGGCCCCCGAGGACUACAGUCGUGGGAGCAGCACCAAGAGCACGCCAGCGUCCCCUGAGCCCGGGGACCAGAAUACGGUGUGGUACGAGUACGGCUGUGUGUGACUUGGUCCCGGACCCGAGGCUCCUGAACCGAAAAACUACUGACGCACCUUCCCCCCUGCGCCUGUGGUGCCAGGAAAGGGUUUUAGGAGGAAAGGGUUCCCGUGCAUUUCUUCUGUGUUGUUAUUACUUCACUGUGCCAAGCCCUGGGAGGACUGCACCCCCCACUGGGUACCUGUCUCUGCAUCUCUAGCCUCCGGCAGCUGGCAUCUUCUGAACAAAUCCACUUUGGCAUGGGGACACUCAGAACUGACCCCAAAGCAGACACUAUAUGAGUGCACCCCUGUAGAACACUCAUUUGCAACUUGCUGACCUCCAUUGAAACACGCGUGAAUGUGGGCGUGGGCAACCACACACACACACACACACUCUCACACUCACACAGGGCUGAGUCCCAGUGGGUCUGAAAACUACUCCCUUCCCAAAAGCCAUUUGAUCCUAGCAGCCCAGCCUGGCCAAACGACAAAGGUCUCGAGGGCCUUGGGCGGACCCCAGAGGCAGGCUCCCUGUUGAGAGCCGGGAGCGCUGCCGCGCCACUGCUGGGGUCCCGAGCACUUCCCUACACCCCAGAGCCAAGGUGGCCUCCAGGCAGGGGCCUCUGCCUAGGGCGUUUGCCUCCCCAACCCCGCAGCUGCCCCUCCUGGGCUCUGCACGGAGGGCUCCCGACGCCAGUCGGACCCCUGCCUUCAGUGGCUCCCUUGUUUGGAAACACUGGAUCUGCUGGGCCGGGGGGAGGGGCAGAGAGGAGCCCCCGGCCCAGCGAGUAUACAUAGUGUACAGAGGGGAGGCGUGUGCGGGGCGAGGUGCACGCUCCGUUUGUGACGUGGCUGCAGCGCCCCCACCUCCCUGUCUCAGGCGAGAUGUUGAUUUAUUAUUUCUGAGUAACUGCUCAUGGUAGAAACCAAAUUUCUUUUAAUAUAUUACAUAUGUAUGUACACACUCAUGUGAAAUAUAUGUACUUCGAGGGGGUCUAUUUAUGUUCCAUUGGGAGUUAUUCUUUCUUCUCCAGAAUCUCACCUGCUGCUUUGUGUAUUUGGUCAGAUUCCUGGCACGUUUCGUUUCCUGUGGUUUAGUAAAGGUGCUUCUCCUGGGAUGUACUAAA